AUGAAACUUUUUAUUUUAUUAGGCACACGCCAAAACACAACUUCCACUCUUACUCGCUCCACCUCGCUCACCACCGGCGUAAGCAGCAAUGAUCCUUCUGGCCAACAGAAUCCUGGCGCUUCAAACUUACUAACAAAUGUUAAUCGGCGCCUCGAAUCUUUAUUCGGCACACGCGGCAAAACACCGUAUAUGAAAAAUGAAACAGUUCAGUCCUCUGCCAUCAGCGCUGAGCCGUCGGUAUCUGGUGGGCUACCUGGAUCCCUUGGCUCGGUAGGCAUUGCUUGCGUCCAACUUGAUUUGGAGGAGCCUUUAAAUGGAAAAGAAGACCUCGGUCCUACGCGAGAACAGCUGGAUGAGGGGAGCACUUCAACCGGGAUCAAGGCGCAGCUACGAGCUACUGCUUUUGGCAGCACCGAAACUGUUGAAUCGCAUGCGGUAGGCUUACAAAUGACCACCGUUUCCGAGCUUACUUACAACCGAACUGAUUAUUAUAGUGUGAAUAGUCUUACUACCACUGUAGUCAUUAAUUGA